AUGGUGCAGAAGCGUCCGGCUUCGAACCCGCCACCGGGUCCCGGGCAGCCAUCGAGUCGGCUUCGAACACCGAGUACUGCCGCCCCUGAUGAGGCUUUGCGCGCUCCUGUGACUUCUCCUGCUGCAAGUGGCGGUGUGGGGAGUUCUGAGAGGGUUGUGGCGCCCGGCAGAGUUACAGGUUCUGGUGGCCCUGUUGGGUCCUCUGCUAGAAAAUCGCCUGCUACUUCUGUUGGGGGCCCUGGAUUGGGGGGUAAUGGGGGGAGGGGUGGGGAGCCUGUAUCUUCAGGUGGGGGUGCUACUGGAGGGCUUGCUGCCGGCGGCAAGCAGGUUAGGGCUGGCGCAGGACCGUCCCAAGCCGUUCAACCGGUUAUUAGUGGCCCCGUGGGUAGUUUGGAUGAGAACAAGACUAGCGUAGACUCGGAUGAAGACGAAGAUGAAGAUGGGGUUAAUUGGGAGGAUGUGGAUUUGGGCCCGCAAGGUGCGCGCGUGCGCCGUAAUCUACUCAUUCAUAUUGUUAUCACAUAGCUAACUUAGCACUCUAUAGCAAUGACCGACUUCCUAUCCUCCGCCCCCAAUGAAAAUUCCGCACCAGCGCCACUAUCCCUCACGCUCGGUGGGAAAGGCAAGAAGCCCGAGCGCACGGUACGAAAGAUAACCCCAGUCGAGCGUAGAAUCAGAUGGGAGACGCAUAGAAUGCAUUUGCUAUGCCUUCUCCACCACAUCUCGUUACGGAAUCGCUGGUGCAAUAGCCCGGAGGUGCAGGUAACGUCCGCUCGCUCAAUUGGCAUGCGUAUGUUAUAACUUUCUUACCGAAUCCGGCGAACAGGGAAGCCUCUCACCGCUGGUCAAGUGGAAAAUCCGCCGGCUUUUGAUUGACGACCCUAAUGACCAAGUGUUCCGUCGCUCGCAGCUUUUCCUGGAGGGAUUAAAGAUUUUAUCUGAUAUCUGGGUGGAAAAUUUCCGAGUGAUGAGGGCAGGACUGAGCAAGUGUCGGUGGGAUGGGCCUGAGGUUGGUUUUAUCCCCCAUUACCCACUGCUACCUGUGUCCAGGGCGCUAAUAUGUGUGACAAUUAGCACUUUGUGCACAAAGGUGGUGAUCCUCCACUAGGUUAUAGAGAGUUCGUGAUAGUCUCCGAAAUGCGCAAAGGCUCCAGGGAUAUCGGUGCGCAGCUGUUUUGCGCAAUGCUCAGGUCGGUCGGAGUAACCUGCCGACUCGUCUGCUCCCUCCAAGCGCUCCCGUUCACAUUUGCCAGCAACGAACCUCCCAUGAAGGCUCCGGUGGAUGCUACUGCAGGUCCGGACAAGGGCAUUGGAUACAUCAGUAAAACCUGGAUCCGGAAUUGUAGGCAGAACGAUUACGGAACUAGACGUGAUGAGCGUUGCUGGCCCGUCUAUUGGGUGGAGGCUUGGUGUGUUGCAAAACAGAAGUGGAUAGCAGUGGACCCGUUUGCGACAAAAACGGUUGGGAAGCCGAGCGCUAUUGAGCCACCAGUGCAAGUUCCCGGGAAUUUGAUGAGUUAUGUUGUAGGUUUUGAGGACGGUUAGUUCUGGUGUCAAUCUUGCGAGGCCUCCUGAAUGUACUAAUUAGGCACACAGACGGUGACUGCACUGACGUGACAAGACGCUACGCUCAAGCAUUCAUUACGAAGACCCGUAAGGUCCGGGUCACUGGAACUCCCAGCGGAGAAGUCUGGUGGGAUAGAGUUAUGGCUAUUCUAGCGACGGGCACGCAUCCUGUGAGUUUUUCAUUUUCUCCUUUCGGCCCAUCCAUUAGCAUUCGGUUUGACUCAGCGUUCUUACGACAUAUUCACUCGAAAAUUCAGGACCGCCAACAGAUAGAACAGGCUGAGCUCACUAACAAGAUACUUCACGAGCCUAUCCCGAAAAGCCUCAAGUAUAUCAAGGGACAUCCAUUGUGCUUCCCCCUCCUCUCUGUCCACUGUUACCACCGCCACCGCCUUAACUUACAAUACUGGCACCAAACAGAUACGUUAUUGAACGCCACCUCAAGCGCGAUGAAUCCUUCAAGAUACUGCGAAAAUGUGGUACUCUAACGACUGGGUUUGGCAAGAACAAAAAGACAGAACCUGUAUACCGCCGUGAGGAUGUGAUAAAGCUCCGCUCGCUCGAAAACUGGAUACGUCUGGGCCGGGCGGUGAAGCCAGAGGAAAAAAACAAACCCAUAAAGUAUGUGAAAGCUGUUCGUCUACCCAGCACCAAACUUCGCAAUGCAAGGAGCGGCAACGUGGAACCCGAGAUGAGUGGUCUGUACGCCGAAUCACAAACAGAGCUUUGCGUUCCAGAGCCUUUGGUGAAUGGGAGGUUGGUCAAGAACAAGUUUGGGAAUAUCGACUUGUUUGUGGAGUCGAUGUUGCCGAAGGGGGCAGUGCAUUUGCCUCGUAUGUUGACUGUUCUCUUUGUAUUUGUAGAGAAGAUGGGAUGCUAAUGGAUGGGCCUGGUUGGGUAGAGAAAAAUGUUGACAAAGCCGCGAGACUUGUGGGCGUUGACUUCGCCCCGGCCAUCGUAACUUCCUCAUCUCCUCUAGACACUUUACCGCAGCUAUUAACUCUUAGAAACAGACGGGCUUCGAAUACCGUCACGGCCACGCGUACCCCGUUGCUACCGGCAUCGUAGUCGCUAAGGAAUACAGAGAGGCUAUAGCAGCGGUGCAUGAAGGACUGGUUGAAGCCCAGGACGAAAAGGCAGCUAGGAAUCGUGAUAUGAAAGCGCUCUGUAUGUGGCGACGCUUCCUUACGAAGCUGCGCAUAUUAGAUCAUGUCAGCCGGAUACCGGAAGAGCAGGAGGUCACGCACCAUCCAAUGACUAUGAUGGCGAAUAAUUGGAGUAAAGCCGUUGAAAAGGGAGUCGUGGAGGUUGUCGAAGCGGACGAAGAGGAGUUUGGUGGUUUUCGUGGCGGUUUCUUCUCUGUGUCUGAGGAAUCGGAGCCUCGUCUUACUAGGAAACUGACUAAAGAACCUCAGGCUCUUGAACAACGACGCGGAAGUCCCCGUGCUUCUCACUAUUUGGCUUCUGCUACCAAGACUACCCCUAAGAAAACAGCAAGGUCCAAGUCUACCACCGCUACUAAAGCUAAACGCAACGCGAGAAAACCUCGUGGGCGAAAAGUCAUUACCGAGUCAGAAGAGGAGGAAGCGGAAGAGAGCGAAGAUUCUGACUCGAGCACCUUCUCCAGGGCCCAGCACGGCAGUCGUAGAUCUUCCAAAUUCAAUUACAAAUACAACUUUUACGCAGGCUCCGACUCUGAUGCUAGUGGAAGUGGCGAAUUCCUAAAGCAACAGGGAAGUGGGAUACCGCCUCGAAGGAGUACUCGACUCGCCACCACUGCUAAGACAGCUGCACGCGUGAAGUAUACUCUAGAUGAGGAUGACGAUGAGGCUGAUCUGGAGCUAGAGUUAGAGCUAGAGUUGGAGCUGCGGCAAGGAGAGGAGAAGGAGAUGCAGAAUCAAAAGGAGAGAGCAAGCGGCGGCUUUCUUAUUAGAUCUGACAACUCAUCCAGUGAGCUUAGCGAUGCACCCAGUGAUCUAACUGACGCUGAAUACGAAGCGCCGAUUGGGAAUAAGCCCAUCGAGUCUGAUUCUGCUCUUGAGAGGGGGAAGCAGGGCGAUGAAGGCGGCGACGGUGACGAUGAGGACGAAGGCGAUGACAACUCUGAACCGAGAGGCGCAGCGGGCGCGUUCGAAAUGCCCUAUGAGAGCCGUAAGGGUGGAGACUUGGACAGAGCCGACUACGUUGCCCAUGCCGCCGGGCCAAUUACUGAGGAUGGGACUGUGGAUGUUGCCAAAACUGGUCAAAGAAUGGCAGACGCCAGCAGCAACGACCAUCACGAUAAUGAUAUCGCUGCUGGGAAGCUUCAUCCGGUCGGGAAUAGAGCGGAAGGAUCGGAGGUUGUUGCGGGUACCGCUGCUUCGCUUGAUACAAUGGGAAUGGCCGGACCCGGGGGAAUGUAUCGCAAGGAACAAACCCCAGACGACGAUUCGAGUCCAAUGCUAUCCGAAGAUCCGGAGGAUAAGGAAAAUUCAGAUUUGGAUUGGUGUAACUUCGAGUAAUAAUUAGAUCUUUUCCUUUCCCCUUUUAUUUUUUUUCUCUUAACUGUUUCGUGUCUUUCGGGUGUAUAAACUCCCCCCCGAUGCUUUCUCCCUCUCUGUCUAACUAGAUCCUGUUAAAUUAUUAUGAUUGACUAAAUUUCUGGCGUUUAUACCCUUUCUUUGAACUUUUAUUUUUCUUUCUUUCCUCCUCUCCUUCUUUCCUCGUUUCCUUCUUCCCUUCUUCCCCUUCUUCCAUGUCUAUACUUUAUCCGCGGGAACAAAUAACUUGCCGUAUCAUACCAGUUACUGUACUGUACAUACCCGAGCUCAAAUAUUACCUACCCUAUUCGCUGGG